GUAGUAGUGGGUAGCAAGUGAAUGAUUGGGAGCCAUAGGUUAUUGUACAUGUACUGUAUGUCACGGUGAAAGAGUACUGAAGUAACUGGGGAGGAAAACUCAUUUUUUGGAUGGUGGGGUUUUGAUGGCAUCCUACUGAAGAUGAAACAUCAAUGAUGCAAGAAGUUUGGGUCCUGUGGAACUGCUCUCAGCUGGACAAGUGAGCAUACUGAGUGGUAAGUCAGCUGCACUGUAUAAAGUCAACAGGAUUCUAUCUAUGAAAGUACAUAUUAUUGCAUUAGCACUUGGGAUUGACAGUGUUCUGGCUUGUAUUGCUAUAGGCUACCAUUGCAUUGUGCUUGAUGCAACAAGCUUUUGGUUCAAUGUCAUGUUUUCUUUUGGAAAAAUAUUAACUACUGUUGUGUUAAUCAGACACGUAACCAAUUUAUCCUCACCUGCCAAAGAAUACUUCAUUAAGAAAAGUCUUUGAUUGAGGAAAAUUAGGAUCCCAUUGAUAAAGACUGUAAGAGGUGCAACUAACUCUCAUGUAUUUUCCAGCCUGUCCAACCUUGGGCAAGACCACCAGACCAGCAAGAUGAAGGUGAAAUGGACCAAGUUAGGCAUGGUGGUUUUCUUGCUGAUAUCCUUGGUCAUGACGGGAUGCUUUAUUUGGCAGUACAGGAUGCCAAAAUUAAAAAUCGGUAAGAGUCAAAAUCUAAGUUCCCAUCUCAUGUGUGGUUCCAUACAUCCACUUAUUCAAGAGCCAUUCUUGAAUUGUGAGUGUGUUCUAAUGGGGGACCGUUGAGGUGUAGCCAUUUCGCCCAAGCAGACAAAAGUACUUAGAUGUGGGUUUUAACAUGGAACCACUUUUGUACAUGUGGCUUCCUUAUCCUCUUUGGCUUAAUUGCUCGUUUGCAGGGGCUGCUGGGGAUUACACAAAGCUGCUGGAUUACCGGGCCCUUUAACGCAGGCUUUAACACCGGGGGCGGGAGGGAGGAGGAGUACGAAGAGGGUACGAAGGUGGGGGUUCCUGUACCGGACACAUACUGUACAUGAGACACGUGCACAGAUAGGGGUCUACCUGUGUCCUGAGCACCUUCCCCUUUGCCCUCUCACUCACCAAGUGUAACAUUUUUGUUGUUGUUGUUCUGAACUCACUGUCCACAAGUCAUUGUGACGUUGUCACACCCCUGAGUCAAUACUUUGUAGAAGCACCUUUGGUGGCGAUGAGAGCUGUUACAGAGUAUUUUUGGGUAAGUCUCUAAGAGCUUUGCACACUUGGAUUGUACAAUACAAUUCUUCAACUCUGUCAAGUUGAUUGUUGAAUAUUGCUAGACAGACAUUUUCAAGUUUUGCUAUAGAUUUUCAAGCCGAUUUAGGUCAAAACUGUAACUAGGCUUCUCAGGAACAUUCAAUGUCGUCUUGGUAAGCAACUCCAGUGUAGAUUUGGCCUUGUGUUUUAGGUUAUUGUCCUGCUGAAAGGUGAAUUAGUCUCCCAGUGUCUGGUGGAAAUCAGACUGAAAUCAGACUGAACCAGGUUUUCCUCUAGGAUUUUGCCUGUGCUUAUAGCUGUAUUCCGUUUUUUUUUUACCUAAAAAAACGAGUCCUUCCCGAUGACAAGCAUACCCAUUACAUGAUGCAGCCACCACCAUGCUUAAAAAUAUGAAGAGUGGUACUCAGUAAUGUAUUGUGUUUGCCCCAAACAUAACACUUUGUAUUCAGGACAAAAAGUUAAUUUCUUUGCCACAUUUUUUGCAGUAUUACUUAAGUGCCUUGUUGCAAACAGGAUGCAUGUUUUGGAAUAUUUUCAUUUAGGUUAGUAUUAUGGAGAAACUACAAUGUUGUUGGUCAGUUUUCUCUUAUCACAGCCAUUAAACUCUGUAACUAUGUUAAAACCACCAUUGUCCUCAUGGUGAAAAUCCCUGAGCAGUUUCCUUCCUCUCCGGCAACUGCGUUAGGAAGGACGCCUGUAUCUUUGUAGUGACACAGCAUCAAAAGCCUAAUUAAUAACUUCACCAUGCUCAAAGGGAUAUUCAGCGUCUGCUUUUUUUAUUUUUGCACAUCUACCAAUCGGUGCCCUUCUUUGUGAGGCAUUGAAAAACCUCCCUGGUCUUUGUGGUUGAAUCUGUGCUUGGAAUUCACUACACUCUUAGAAGAAAAGUUGCUAUCUAGAACCUUAAAGGGUUCUUCGGCUGUCCCCAUAGGUUCAGGUGGGUGCCCUUUUUUUCAUUUUGAGCACCUGCCCCCUGAAAGGUCUGUGCACGGCCCUGCUGUACAUAGCCUGGUACAGAAUGACAGAAACAUAACCUGGCAACAGAAUGAGCAUUGUCUACUGUUUGUAAGACAGACAAAUCCUCACACCUUGCAGUAAAUGACAUAACUAAUAUUUCAGAUAAGGUGACAAAGAAGUCGUGAAGAGGGCACAACAACGCCUUUUCCCCCUCAGGAGAAUGAAAAGAUUUGGCAUGGGUCCCCAGAUCCUCAAAAAGUUAUACAGCUGCACCAUCGAGAGCAUCCUGACCGGUUGCAUCACCGCCUGGUAUGGCAACUGCUCGGCAUCUGACUGUAAGAUGCUACAGAGGGUAGUGCGUAUGGCCCAGUACAUCCCUGGGGCCAAGCUUCCUGCCAUCCAGGACCUAUAUACUAUCCAGGACCUAUAUACUAGGCGAUGUCAGAGGAAGGCCCAAAACAUUGUCAAAGACUCCAGUCACCCAAGUCAUACACUGUUCUCUCUGCUACCACAAGGCAGGCAGUACCGGCGUGCCAAGUCUAGGUCCAAAAGGCUCCUUAACAGCUUCUACCCCCAAGCCAUAAGACUGCUGAUCAAUUCAUAAAAUGGCCACCCAGACUAUUUACAUUGACCCCCCCCCCCUCUCUAUUUUCUUAAAACUGCAUUGUUGGUUAAGGGCUUGUAAGUAAGCAUUUCACAGUAAGGUCUACACCUGUUGUAUUCAGCGCAUGUGACAAAUACAAUUUGAUUUGAUAAAACAACCACAAUGGUUAAAUGUCACAAUUUUGACAUACUAAGACCAUGUUGCCAAAGAGCAUUGGUGAACUGUCAUCACUCAAACAGUCUUUUUAUACAGUCUUUUUCUGUUGCAACUGAGAAUGAGUGGCGUUGAUAGAUGUGAACUCGCUUAUUGGUCCAGUUUGGUACCACGUGAAGUGUGAUUCACCACCUGCACUUGUUACACACUCCUUUCUUUCUGUCCACAGACAAUGUUGUGAACAUUGAGGUGAAGGAGGAAAAGAUGUGCCCUCGUUUCCCUGAGCCAGUACUCCUGGAACACCCCAUCCCUGCGCUUAAGGAAGCAUUAGAAAAGGUCAACAAUAACAUUUGAAUCGUGAGAUCAUGAAUUGAAUUUUAUUGAUAACCAAACGUGAAUUAGACAAGCACUAGACUAGAUAUACAGACAUGUAUAGCGGCCUAUUUGGCAUUGACUUGACUUGACUUUCUCAAACAUGACAGAUUUGCCCUGUGUCAUUGUUCUUCACGAGAUGACAUUUUUUCCCAUACAGAUAGAUGUUGUCCUAAGGUUAAGUAUUCAUGAAUCUAGACUACCAGCUCUGUCUGCCAUCAUUGUCUUCAAUGACUCUGUGUUGUGGAAUGGAAACUUUGGCAGAAGGAAUGGGAGUGAUCCCUCCUCGCCUCCACCCAACGAAUACACAGUGUACAGGUGAGCUCUGCUCUGCUCUGUUGUUAAAUCAUUUGUUAGAAGCAUGUUAGAUGAGAUUUACAUGAUUUCUGUGACAGAUUUGUAUCUAUUUCCAGAGGCUGGGUCAGGUUGACAAUGAGAAUAUUGGGGGAUUUGCCACAAAUGUGAAUGGUUGCAGGAGUAAUAACACUCGACAAUUGUUUUCUCCACAGAAUCGCUAGUCUCUCGAAGAUCUUCCCCACACUGAUGCUGUACAAGCUAUGGGAGGAGGGGAAGGUGGCCUCCUUGGAUGACCCUCUGGAGAAGUAUGCAGCAAACUUCACCAUCAAGAACCCGCUGGGGAAGCGGCGGGAAGUUGUGGAUGUCAAGGCUGGUUCUGACAGAGAUACCCAGCCACGCUCUCCCUCUGUCACCCUUCGCAGGAUGGCCAGUCAGCUCUCUGGUAAAGGCACUCUUCCUCUUCAUGAAUGUACAUUAACCUUAGCUUACCCUGGCCAUUACGUGAAUGGAGAGAGAGGCUAUACUUAGACAGAGACUUGUCCCUAAAGAUGGAGGUAAUGUGCUUCUGGCCUAUUAGCCUUUUCUCCAGACCAGAUCCUUCUGACUGUGCUGUAAUGUAAUGUACUGUACUCUCAUUGGAUUAAACCUGAGGAAAGCCCUACGUGAUAAACUAAGUUCCCUUGUACAUUCCUUUGACUCCAGAACAUUUGACAUUCUUUUGACUUCAGAAUUUGUUUCGUCUUCAGGGUUACCCAGGCGGCUUCGGGCAACAAAUCUACUCUGGGAUGGAGACACAGAGGCUGCUAUAGAGCUGUUACAGGAUGAUGUCCUAGUGGCAGACCCAGGCACCAAGUAAGAUGCUCCUCAUUCCCCUUCCUGCCAAGAGCUUUUCCAGUAAAUUUUGGUAAAGGGUGAUGGUGAUUUAAUGACAUGGGGCGGCAGGUACCCUAGUGGUUAAGAGCGUUGGGCCAGUAACCGAAAGGUUGCUGGUUUGAAUCACCGAGUCUACUAAGUGAAAAAUCUGUUGAUGUGUCAUUGAGCAAGGCACUUAACCCUAAUUGCUCCUGUAAGUGGCUCUGGAUAAGAGUGUCUGCUAAAAUGACAUAUGUAAAAAUCACCAAUAUUUCCUCUCGCUCCCCUAGAUGUCACUACAGCAACGUGGCCUUCUCUUUAUUGGCUAACGUCUUGGCCGAGAACUUUGCGAAAUCUGACUACGAAAGCUGGGUGUCCGACAACAUCCUGGAGCAGCUGGGGAUGGAGGACACAGGCUUUGAUAUCACCCCAGCCAUUCAGAGCCAGAUGGCGGUGGGCGUGUACAGCAGUGGCCAAUCGGCACCCCUCUACGACCUGGGCUGGUAUCGGCCCGCUGGCCAGAUGUACUCCACGGUGGCCGACAUGGCCAAACUGGCCAUGGUGCUUCUGGGGGCCUACAGCCGACCCCUCCUCCAACAGGACACCCUGAAGACCCUGCUGACCCCUCUGUUCCGCUGCCACCAGGGCUACUUUGCCAACUACACCGGCACACCCUGGGAGGUCAACGAGCAGCUGGGCUACGAGGUGGUUCGUAAGGACGGAGACCUGGACGGCUACGCCACCACCUUCUCCCUGGUUCCCCGGCUGAAGCUGGGCCUGGUGGUGCUGAUGGCCGGGGUGAGGCCACCAGCAAUGGAUGGGGAUCUGGUCACCCAGGCCUACAGCCAUCUCAUCCCAGCCAUGGAGAGCGCCUUCAGGGACGCACAGCGCAAGCUCUCGCCACCGCCCGACCCCACGCCCUAUGUGGGCCUCUUCACCUACCAGAACAUGACCUUCUAUGAAAUAAAGGCGAGCUUGGGCGGGGUGUUGGUCAUGCAGCAGUUUGGGCCCCAGGUGGACACCAUGGUGCCGGCCAAGUACAGGACUAUCAGGCUUGACUUCCUGCAGGAGAGGGUGUUCAGGGUGGUGUUCGAGGGGGAGUACCCCUGCAAGCUGAAGGUCAACAGCAUGUCAGUGUCUCUGGAGACCCAGGACAGGCAACUCUUUAACUUCUAUUAUUUCAACAAGAAGGGCGUGUCGCCUGGAUUCGACUCCCCUGGACUCAACACUUACAAAGUGCUCCGGAUAGCUCGACGGCCAAUCUUCAACAGU